AUGGAGCUAGAGAGAAGGAAAGCCAGCCAAAAAGCUUGAGUUCUAAGCUUUAUGAGAGGGUCCUCCUCUCCCAAGAAAAAUCAUUAUUCCAACUUUAUAAUAUUUAAAUGAGAGGAAAUAAUUACUAUAUUAUUACAUAGAAAGUACUUUUCUUGAGCGAGAAUGUCAGGUUGAGGUCACACGACAACUGUUUUUAGAGUCCCUCCCUCUUUAUUUUCUCUAGUUAAAUCACUGGUCUUAUUCUUGUUAAAAAAAAAAAAAUCACCCGUCUUAUUAUUAUACCUUUUCUUUGUCUUUACACACCCUUGAACUCUUUUUUAGUUUUUAGAGUCUUGUCUUUGUUAUCCCAGCUGAGAAACCACCACGUUGGUGCUGCACUCAUUUUGAUUACCAUUCCCUCAUUUUGCAGAACCAAAAGUCAGUUCAGUGGCUAUAGAAUCAUUUGUUUCUGUUUGUCUUCUUGCCCUUCUGAAGAAUAUGGUAUAUGACUGUGUGUGUUUCUCCUCACUUCCCUUUUGGCCUCCUCCUUGCAUCUCUGUCUCUGUUGGGUAGUUAAAAAAUCUUUUCUUCUUUUUAAUUUCCUUGAUCCAAGUUCCAAAAACGAAGAAAAGACUCUUGAUUUGAGGUGGGUUUAUUUUUUUUUUCUUUUUGGUUUUGUUUGUUUUUGGGUCAUGGCAGUUUGCUGUGAUCUUGAAGUGGAUGUUAAUGGAGAGGAGACUUUCCUGGUGCACAAGCACUGUGGGGCAAAAGUUCAUGGCUCUUGUUCUUCUUUUUCUGGAAAUCACCAUGUCCACGAUUUUUGCGAAAAAAAUUGUUGGUUCAUACUCGGGCAGGUUGAGCAAAUUAUUUGGUAAGUCCACAAACGCCAAGAGAAAUAAAGUGGUAUUCCACGACUUUCCAGGAGGGGCAGAGAAUUUUGAGCUUGUGUCAAGGUUUUGUUACAACGAGGGAAAAAUUGACGUAAAUCCUUCAAACAUUUUAUUUUUAUAUUCUGCUGCCCAAUUCAUGGAGAUGAACACUUCUGUAUCCGGAACCUGUAAUCUAUUAGAAAAAACCAAGAAAUCCAUUGAAGAGAUCAGCUAUUGGACAUGGUCUGAUCUUUUGGUUGCUUUGAAACAUUGCCAAGAUUUACAGCCGAUUGCAACUUUCUCAGGUGUACUUGAAAAAUGCUUGGAUUCACUUGUUGGGAGGUUGGCCAUAACUAGUGAAGCAAGUCCUUGUGCAUCUACUUCUUCUCCAGAUAGCUCAGGGUUUCGGCUUUCCUGUGAUAGUAGAAGCACUGAGAGUUUGAAAAACAGCUUCUCUCGAGCAACUUGGUGGUUUGAAGACCUUUCAGUUUUGAGUCCCGAUUUGAUUGGAAUGCUGAUAGAAUUGAUGGUCUCUCGAAAGUACAAUCAUGUAAUGAUCAGUCGAUUCCUCUUCCAUUACCAGAAGUCAAAGUUUUGUACUGCCUCAUCUGAUGAGAAAUGUAAAGUUUUAGAAAUUGUGAUUGAUAUGCUUUACACACUUGAUCCAAUUUCUAUUUCAUGCAAGAAUUUGUUCGGGAUUCUUCGAGUGGUGCUGAGUUUGAAGAUAGGAAAAAGUUGCAGGAACAAGUUGGAAAGUAUGAUAGGUUCUCAGAUGGAUCAAGCAACGUUAGAUAAUCUGCUAAUUCCAUCUCCCUAUGGCUCAACUUAUUUAUAUGAUGUGAACCUUGUUCUUAGGUUCCUGAAAGCAUUUCGGCAUGGAGGAGGCUGGCAAUUAUCUCCAAUGCGAAUGAAGAAGGUUGCUAGCUUGAUAGAUCUGUAUAUAGCAGAAGUAGCUCCGGAUCCUUGUCUAAAAUCGUCAAAGUUUCUAGCCUUGCUGGUGGCCCUGCCGGAUUCUGCCAGGGACUCCUGGGAUGAAUUAUACCACGCCAUGGACAUUUAUCUGGAGGUGCAUGCAGGGUUGUCUGAAGAAGAAAAAAUGAAAAUAUGUUGUGCACUGAACUAUGAGAAGCUCUCUACAGAGGCUUGCAUGCACCUUUCUCAGAAUGCAAGAUUUCCAUCAAAAAGUACAGUGCAAGCUCUCAUCUCCCAGCAAUUGAAGCUUAAGAACUUACUACAGGGCACUAAUAAUACUAAACUUUACACAGAUUCCCCCUUAAAUUUCAACGACAUCCAAGGCAAGGCAAAGAAAGAUGAAGCCACUAAACAAGUUGUUCUUUACUCUGGGAGACUAGACAUAUCAGCUGAGAACGAGAAGCUCAGAGCACAUUUACAACGGAUGCAAUGGAGGGUGGUGGAAUUGGAGAAAGUCUGCAAGAAAAUGCAGACCCAGAUGGCCAAAAUCAUGAAAUCAAAAGUAUCAAGCCAUAGUGCUGCAAGAUCCCUGCCUAGGCUUUGUUCAUGAAAGAAAUUUUGCAUAAUAUAUGUAUCUGUUAAUUAUUGCGUUGUCUAUGUAUAGCAUUGAAGUAUGAUUUUUCA